AUGUCUUGCAGCAGAGGAAACUGUGGUUGUGGAUCUGGCUGCAAGUGCGGCAAUAGUUGCGGAGGUUGCAAAAUGUACCCAGACUUGGGCGUUUCAGGCGAGACGACCACAACUGAGACUUUUGCGUUUGGCGUUGCACCGAGGAUGAAAAACCAGUACGACGCCUCUGGCGAGAGCAGCGCUGAGAACGAUGCUUGCAGGUGUGGAUCUGACUACAAGUGUGACCUUGAUUUCAUGAUAUCUGUAUCUGUAUAUUUCCAAGUUCUAGAAAUAGUUGUGAUCCUUGAUUUCAUGAUUUGUGGUUUACUAUCUAGUAACUGGCUUGUCUUCUUUGAUAAAAAUGAUCUACUGAGUUUUGAUCUUAUGCUUUGA